CGCUGACGAUAGGCAUCACGUGACAGCACAUGUCAACACAGCGUCUCCAUUAUUAAUAUUCGGCAAGAAGUGAAUCAGGGGAAGUUGGAGAGAUGGAUUCCAAACCUCGCUGGCUGACGUGUACUCCCAAGUCCAAUGCCAUGUCCUCUUCAUCCUCACCAACCGGUCAGCUCUACUGCCGAGAUCGUGUGCUGGGUUGCGAUCAGCAUACCAGAGGACACCCGUUUAAGCUAGACUCUGAUUCUCAGAGUCCAAGAUUUAACGACUCGUCCAAAAGCCAAGGCGGCUCCGAGGGCCGCCAUCCUGCAUGGAGACGCCCUUCACACCUUAGCCCCACCUCUGCAUCAUGUGACGGCACAUGGGCCGAGUCUGGGGGGAGCAGAAACAAGCAGUUUUAUCGUCAGAGGAGCCCUGAAACGCAGCAGGAGAUGUACACCAAGCAAGACGCAGAUCGCAAAAGAUCUGCACUAUCCGGCACCGGCAGGGCGUCGUGUUCCGGGGAUUCCCGCUCAUCCUUGGAGGGCGGCCAUUACUCAAGCGCAGAUUCACCAUGGCUGGCGCGCAGCCCUCCUUCCAGGUCGUCGACAUCUUCGUCGUCGUCGUCGUCGUCAUCUUCCUCUGAGGGCUUCUGGUCUCGCCGAGAGCUUCACAAGAGAUCGGACCGAAGCCUCUCUGGUCCAGGGGGCCACACCGCGGGACUGCCGGAGAGCAGAAGCACUAGCCUGUUCACCUCUCAGAAUCAGGAGCGUGUCACUUCCUGUUACGCACAAGGAGCGAGGCCCAAAGAGGGCGUCUCCUCCAGUCGGAUGAGUGCCUCUUACCUUCACCGCCUACCGUCCGACUAUCAGCCAUCUUGGCUCUCCCAUGAGUCGUGCAGCGACGCUUCUGCGCAGCCCCGGGAACCAUCAGCGGAUCCUCGGGUACGAACUCGGACUUCUCGGUCAGGCGACUGGACGGACAGCCUCCCUGAGAGGUCCCCAGGCGUCUCCCCGCUGUAUCGCCCUCGUAGGCGGCCUAGCGACCUCGCGGAGCGCCACAGCACGAAGCCGCUGCUGUCUCGCCUGGCCAGCAGCAUGUCCUCCACCCUGUUCUCCAGACGCUCCUCCCAGGACUCUGGUGGUCCCGGCUCUGCCGCCGUUUCCAGUGAGGCUGGUAGCAGCCUCCAGAGAGCAGGGCUCCGGGGUCUGGAAGACCCUUCGCCUGGGCUGCCCUUCCUCCGCCGCAGGCGCCAGAGCACGCCGCCUGUACCGUGGGGGAAUAGCACAGAGUCUGAACCGGAGUCUCCACGGGCCUCCGGCUCCUGGCUGUCAUCGUCGCUCAGGAACCGGUGCGCCCCGCUCUUUCCACGAAGGAGGCGGGAGGGCCGAGACGAGACGGCGCUCUCCAUGUCUGCCACGGCAUUCCCGAGCUCACGGCGCUCGCCAUUGACGACGCAUGCCUCAGGAAUCGACGCCACCGAGGAGGAGGACGAGGAAGAAGAGCCCCGAGGGGCAGGAGCCGCACCCUCUCACACCGGGGGAGACCAAGAGCUAUCUGGAAUCACUAGAUCCUUGCUGCGACUUUCCAUGCCGUCGCCACUAGAGGGCGCCAGUGGGAGUGCGGCGCUCACCAUCGACAUGAUGGCGCCCGGAAGGAUCCCUUCUGAAGAACAAAGGGAGGAGAAGCCCACCUCGUCCCGAGACCCGGAGAGAGUGAAGAAGAUACAGGAGAGCCUGCUGUUGGAGGAUUCUGAUGAGGAGGAGGGGGAACUCUGCCGCAUCUGUCAGAUGGGACACAACUCCCCCCCCGACCCGCUGAUCGUGCCCUGCCGGUGUACAGGAAGCCUCCAGUAUGUCCAUCAGGAAUGCAUGAAGAAGUGGCUGCUCGCUAAAAUCAGCUCAGGUUCUAGCCUGGAGGCCAUCACCACCUGUGAGCUGUGCAGGGAGAAGCUGCAGCUCGACAUCGAGGACUUUGACAUCAACGAGCUGCACCGGACCCAUGAGAGGUCUGAGUAUGAGUUCAUCAGCUGCGGCCUGUACCUGGUGGUCCUGCUGCACCUGUGUGAGCAGCGCUUCUCCGACACACUGGGGAUCGCCAACGACGUCGGGUUUUUCAACCUGGCGAGAACGCUGCGUGAGCACAUGGACAAUCUCGAAAGGGCUUACAGGGAGUCUGAGGAAGAGGAGGCACGGCAAAACAGUCCAUCUGUCGACUUCGGUGACUCUGAUGAGGAAGAACGCUGCUGAGCAACGGCCGGCUAAGCGGAACUGCAUUUCAUGCUGUGGUGACAAGCUUAUAUGUAAAGUCUAUAUAGGUGUUUUAGGGGGGAAAAAAGGCAAGAAUUCGUUCAGAAAAUUCUAGCCUUAAUGAGUGUUUUAUAAAGAUAAGGAAAUGCUUUUGGGAAAUGUUUUAGUUGCUACUUAACCAUUUAUGUGAAUUGUUUGUGUGACUUCUAAAUGCCACAAGUGCUUUAAAACUACUACAGCAGUCAGAAUCACUGUGCCCUGUGGCCGCCUCGGCCUUGGAACCGGGCACCCCCUCUCCUGCUCCGGCCCUGCUCCGGCCCUCCCCCGGCUGAAGCUGGCAGGAGAAGCGGGACCCUCCUCGAGGACGUUUGAUUAUGUACAUGCAUUCUUUCUCACAGUAUGCACAGAGGAGAAAAUGUGAGAACUUUCCGCGCCGUUCGACCAUGUAUUUUUAACGAGAUAAUAAAAAAUGGAUUUCGUCCA